UUUUGUAAUAGUCACUCUUUUGUAAAUGACCAGAUAUAAAUAGAAAAAGGCCUGCUGGAUAUUUUAUUUUUGGCCCAUAACAUUUCUCUCAUUCUUCUGUGUUCUCGAACAUUCCUCUCAGAAUCCUAAAUAGAAUUUCUCCAAAUCCAACUCGAUUCAAGAUGUUUACAUGGUAUCAAAGCAUGGAUCCUGAUUGAUCUCGUCACACUUAGUCGAGUGAUGGUACCCUUGACGAUUUUUGGAGAAAAUUCAAAAAUCGAUUUUUGUAUCUCAAAACCGAUUCCCCUAUUUCUUCAAAAUUCCUUUAAUUUAUGGUCAAAACCUCCAACAUCUUCAUCGAUUUGGGGAUUUCUAUUGUUGCUAAGUUGUUGAAUGUUAUUGUCGAAGCUAGGGUUUGUUGGAGUAUUUUGAAGCUAGGAUUUUUCAAUUACGGUCUCCAGUCGUCUUCUCAAUUUCUUGAUUUUGGACAUUGUCGCGUUUUUAUUAAGGCCGUACUCUUUUCGGUUGCAAAAGAGCUUGGUAAUAUCGUAAUUUUUCUAAAAAAUCUACGAUUUUAGAACCUGUAGAACUAUUGAUUGCUUCUCAAAUUCUGAGAGUUCUGUCAUCUGAUAUCUGUAUUGGUAUAAUUUUGUGGUUAUAUCAUGGGUAGUACUGAGGGUAUAAGCAACGCUAGUGUAAUCGAUUCCUCUAAUCCUAUGUCCCCCCCAUCCCUAUGAUAUACCUGGGAUUUCUUUAGUCCAUACACCAUUUUCUGGUACUAGUUUUGGCAGGUGGAAAAUGAGUGUCAUUGUGUCCUUAUCUGCUAAAAAUAAGAUUGGAUUAGUUGAUGGCACUUGUCCCAAACCGGCGGACAGUUCACCACAUAUUAAACAGUGGAGCAUAUGUAACAACAUGGUCAUUUCUUCUUUGACCAGUUCAGUUUCUCCAGAAAUUGCUAAAAGUGUUCAAUAUUCACAAACUGUUGAAAGUAUUUGGGAAUAGUUAAAUAAAAGUUUUAGGACUGUAAAUGGGACCAAGGUUUUUGAAAUAAAGAAAGAGCUUGCUUCCACUAUGCAAGGAGCUCUUGACAUAGCAUCCUACUUCAAUAAACUUAAGAAAUUAUGGGAUGAACUAAGAGUAAUUCGCAAUAAUAAGGUAAAUACAUGUGCAUGUCCCAUUAAGGCUGAAAUUCUGAAAGAGGAAGAAGAGGACAAAGUCCACCAGUUCCUUAUGGGUCUAAAUGACAUAUAUGUUGGGGUUAAGAGUAACAUAUUAAUGUUGCAACCACUUUCAUCACUUGAAAAUGCUUAUAACAUACUACUCCAAGAUGAAAAACAAAGACAGGUUAAUCCUGGUUCAUAAUUCAGUUCUGAGUCUGCAUCUUUUAAUGUGUCUGGUCUCAUCAACAAGGCACCUAUGAUUCAGCCUCAGAGACAGUAUAAUCAAAGGGUAGAUUUUGAUCAGACUAAGGAAAAUCUGAGUAAUCUCUUUUGUAAGUACUGCAAGAAUCCUGGGCACUUAGUUGAUAAGUGUUACAAGCUUCAUGGGUUCCCUCCUAAUUUCAAGUUUACUAAAGGCAAGAGAGUUGCAGCUAAUGUUACUGCAGAAAGUGAGUUCCCCACUGAAUCCAACUCUCAUCUCUCUAGCCCUACUCCUGGUACCAACAGUGGUGCUAUUGUACAUUAUGAGGGUCAAAGAUCUGGAGUGCCUGGUUUGACACAGCAGCAGUACACUCAGCUGAUAAAUCUUCUUCAGCAAUCCCAACUAUCUGAUUCCAUCUCUCUAUCCAAUCUCAUGGCAUCUACCAAUUUUGCUGGACCAUUUUCUAAAGAAGCCUUUGGAGCUUGGUAGAGUGGAUGAUUGACUCUACAAGUCUGAGUUGCCUUUAACAUCUCUUCCACAGAACUCUGUUACUGAAAACUUUACUUCCUGCAGCUUAUACUCUAUUGAUUCUAGUCACAAUUCUACAUCUGUAAAUACUUCCAUUUCUAUUUGUAAUAAAGCUGUAUUAAAUAAUAUGGACAUUGUUUGGUAUCAAAGACAUGCACAUGUAUCUUUUGUGAGAAUGAAAACUAUUUCUGCUAUUUAUGUUUUUGCUAAACAAUGCUUUCCUUGCAAUGUGUCCCCUAUGGGUAGGCAAACUAGAUUGCCCUUUCCUAAUUGUAGCAUCCAGACUACUAAGCCCUUUCAACUCAUCCAUGCUGACACCUGGGGACCUUAUCACACUCCUAUUUAUUCUAGUUCCAGAUAUUUUUUGACAAUUGUAGAUGACUUUAGUAGAUCUACUUGGACUCACUUAAUGGGGUCCAAGAGUAAUGCUUUUUCUCUUCUAAAAGCCUUUGUUCUUCUGGUCAAAACUCAAUUCAAUGUACAUGUUCAGACCAUUAGGAGUGACAAUACAUUAGAACUUGGAUCCAGUCACACAGCUAUUUCCUUCUUUUCUGAUAGUGGAAUCAUUCAUCAAACCAGUUGUCCUCAUACACCACAACAAAUUGGGGUAGUAGAGAGAAAGCAUAAAACUUUGCUUGAAGCAUCUAGAGCGCUUCUUUUUCAGUCCAAAGUGUCACUUAGGUUCUUGGGGGACUGCUUGUUGACAACCACUUAUAUCAUCAAUAGACUAUCUUCUAAAUUGCUCAACAACACCUUUUGAAGUAUUAUAUGGGAAGGAACCCUGUUAUUCUCACCUAAGAUCCUUUGGUUGCCUAUGUUAUGCAACUGUCCUAAUUCCACAAAGGGAUAAACUUCAACCGAGGGCUCUAAAAUGUGUCUUUCUAGGAUAUUCUUUUGCCAAAAUGGGAUACAAGUUUUAUUGUUUGGAUCUGAAUUCCAAACAAUAUGGAUCAACCAGGUGUUGCUAUGGAUCAACUAGAUCUGAAUUCCUUAUUGUUGCUAUUAAACAUGGUUAAAAUUCUACUUUAGAUAUGAAUUCCAAGUUGAAGGUUGAUUCUGGGGAACUGUUUUCCCAGCCUGAGAGAUACAUGAGCUUAAUUUGAAAGUUAUUGUUCUUGACUCAUACCAGAUCUGACAUUUGUUUUGGUAUGCAACAUUUAAGUCAGUUUUUGCAAGCACCCAGAUUGCCUCAUAUGACUGUUGCCUUACAUAUGUUGAAAUAUCUGAAGGGCACCAUUGAUGUUGUGUUGUUCUAUUCUAAUUCUCCUGAUUGCACUCUCACAGCCUAUUCGGAUAGUGAUUGGGCAGCUUGCCCUGAUACUCGCAAGUUUAUUUCUGAUUUCUGUCUCUUUUUGGGUGAUUGUUUGGUGGCCUCGAAGUAUAAGAAACAACCUGUUGUUUCCCUUUCAUCAGUUGAAGUUGAAUAUAUGGCUCUCAGUAAAGUGGUGGCUGAACUCACAUGGCUCACCAUUGCUAAGAAUCCAGUUUUUCAUGAGAGGACCAAGCAUAUAGAGGUGAACUGUCACUUUAUCCGGAAGAAGUUGGGAGAUAGUUUAAUCCAGUUAUUUCAUGUUUCUACUUCCAAUUAACUUGCAGACAUCUUCACUAAGCUGCUUAUUGGGUGCUUCACCAUUCUUUCCUGUCCAAGUUGAAGGUGUUCUCCCCCUCCAACUUGAAGGGCGGUAUUGGGCUAUCUGAUUACUUGGCUUCAGGCCCAAUAAGGAAGACUUGAAUAUUGGGUCGCUGUUAUUUUAUUUGUUCAUAGCCACGCAUAAAUGUAUUAGCUAUAUAUGUAUAGUUUAGGCAUUUUUGUAAUAGUCACUCUUUUGUAAAUGGGCCAGAUAUAAAUAGAAAACGCCCGCUGGAUAUUUUAGU